AUGACUAACCCGCUAAUUGUGAGAGAGCAAAAUGAAGCAGUGACCAUGACUAAGAGCGCUGCAAUUGUGCAGCUCUUCAGCUUCGGCAAAGGAAGGACGUUGAGCACGCCGUCCCUGUUUGGUGCGGCAAGCGUCUGUCGCCGAGUUCCAACUUCCUCACCCUUCAGUUUGGCAUACCAGAGCAGCACCAGAAUACAGACUUCAAUCGUUUGCACUUCCAUUACAAAAUGUGAACAUCAGAAAUCACUCUUCUCCACAGCAAGACACCUCAAUCUCCGAUUCUCCCACCAAGACCAUGAACAGCUCCUGGAAGACCCCGCGCUCGACGCAGCGGCGGACCCCAAACGGCACGCGAACAACAACAAGAUCGCAUGCGCACUGUUCGACCAAAAUGGCACACUGACCUCUGGACACAAGGAACUCACGAAAACGCAGAUCGCCGAGCAAUUCGACCUGCGCUAUCGGGACUUACGAGACAUCGAUCUACGCUCCGAGGGCAUCACGCGGAUCCUAGUGCGACCGAAAACUCUACUCCUGCAGUUCUUCGACCUGUGCAUGAUCAUCCAAGCGGACGAAGCGCUGCUGGUGAAUCCCGUGCGCAACACGUCCGGGACAGCCGCACUGGACCACGACUUCGAGAAGCGGCUGUCGGGGUUGGACGAAGCCGCCGACGUGCCGCCGCUGCCGUACGAGCUGCGCGCCGUGGAAGCCGCGCUGGUGGCGGUGCUGUCGAUCCUGCGCGAAGAGCUGCUCGCGGCGCGCGACGAUGCCGUCGCCAGCGCGGACCGGCUGAACCUCGAGUCCGGCCUCGCCGCCGCCGAGCUCGACCGCAUCUUCGAACACUCGCGGCGCCUCGCCAAGAUCGAGUCCAAGGCGCGCCUGGUGCGCGAAACGAUCCGCGAGGUCCUCGACACCGAUGAAGACCUCGCCGCCAUGUAUUUGACCGACAGUCUCGCGGGGAAGCCCCACGACAUCGCCGACCACCAGGAGGCCGAGUACAUGCUCGAGGCGUACCAUAAGGCGGCGGACGCGCUAGCCGAGUCGGCCGGUAGUGUCAUCGACGUCGUGCGUCGCAAGGAGAAUACUUUCCGCUCCAGCCUGGCCGUGCAGCGCAAUCAGAUCAUGUUUCUCGAGGCGCGGAUCGCCAUCCAUACCCUGGGCCUGGCGGCGGGGACGCUUGUCGCGGGCCUCUUUGGUAUGAAUCUCGUCAAUUACCUCGAGGAGGCGCCUUGGGGGUUCCCUGUCAUUACGGCGGGUUGUGUUGUUCUCAGCACCUUGUUUUCGAUCUAUGGUGCCAGGAGGUUGAGGCGCAUUCAGUCGUUGAGGGGGUUUCGGGAGUUUAGGAUGGGCUUUGGCCAUGGGAGGGAAAGGGGGACGGGGAGACGAUAG